ACGUGCGUCGCCUGCCUUCUCCUCUAGCCGCCUGGGUUUCGUAGCGGAGGUGCUGGCUGGAGACCCUGGACCUCCCGAUGCCGCUAGGAGCCAGGACUCCUAGUUCCUCUGCCUUCGUCGGGCCCAAAGGCCGGAUCCCCUAGGCGGGAAGGGAGUGGCCGCUGUCUUGUCUAUACCGUAGAUAGGACUGCAGCCGGGUGGCAAGUGUGUGGGACAUGCUGCGGUUGCCGGCUCGCUCCGGGGCUGCUGCCCGGCGCGCUUUUGCCUUUCUUUCAGCCCGGCUUCUCUCUCGGAACAGCUCUUCCCCGAGGCGGCCCCCUUGGAAGGCGGGGCCCCGGCCUGAGGCCCGGCCGGGGGGAGCGGAGCUUCUCCGCCUCCGGGAGGACGACCUGCCCCUGGUCGGGCGGCAGGAAGUCUUGUUCGGGCUGGCGCCCUGUGCUUUAGCCCUGCGGGCCUCCCGUCGGAAUAUGGCCCGUCUCCUUCUCCAUGAGGGAGGCGCGGGACACGGGGCGCGGGCCGAACUGGCCCGAGCCGCCGAGGCUCUGGGCGUCCCGGUGCAGCUGAUGCGGCGGCGGGAGCUGGAUGCCUUGUGCCGGGGUCAAGUUCAUCAGGGCGUGUGUAUGGAGGUGGCCCCGCUACUCCCCAAAGCCUGGCCGGAGGGCAGAGAGGACGGGCCGGCGGAGGGGCCUGCGGCGCGGCGCCUGUGGCUAAUCCUGCAGGAGAUCCAGGACCCUCGGAAUCUGGGCGCCGUGCUGCGCACCGCGCACUUCCUGGGCGUGGACAAGGUCAUUACCAGCCGGAGGAACAGUUGCCCCCUGACCCCAGUGGUUAGCAAGGCCAGUGCAGGAGUCAUGGAAGUAAUGGAUGUCUUUGCAACUGAUGAUCUUCCAGGCUUGCUGAAGGCUAAGGCUCAACAAGGCUGGCUUGUGGCUGGCACUGUGGGCUGUCCAGGGUCUGGGAUUGCUCAGUGCUCUAACAUCCCCAUUGCCAGUUGUGUAGAGUUCCUCUGGGACCGAUCUACUCUCCUGGUGUUAGGAAAUGAAGGUUCUGGGCUAUCCCAUGAAGUCAGAAGCUUGUGUCAUGUUCUACUAACCAUCCGACCUGGGCGGGAGCUCACCCCAGAAGUGGAGUCCUUGAAUGUCUCUGUGGCUGCAGGGAUCCUUCUCCAUUCCAUCAUCAGCCAGAGGAAGGGACAGGAAGACUUGCUUGACAAAGAAACAAGUGUUGUUGUUGGUGACUCUCAGGAAUCCCCAGCUUCUUCUGAAGAACCUGAGGCUGGAGCCAGCCAAGGCCCAAGGGUAUGGGCACCAGCUGCGGAUGCAGAGGCUGGAUCAGGAAGAGAGAGACUGCUGGGGGGGCUGAUUGCGUUGUUGGGCAUCUGCUCGCUUCUGGGUUGCCUGUGUGCACAUGGGUGUAUCUGCCUUUGGUCAUUCUUUUCAACAUGAGUGGGGCUGGUGUUCCUCUGCCUCCCCUGCCAUGAAGUGAAGCCUUUCUGGAUCCUCUUCUGGCCUCUAGAGGCCCUGUUUCUGCCGUUGCCCCAACCACUUUGUAUCUGUUGUAAGCUCCACGAGGGCAGGACUGUUUCACUUUUGUCUUUGUAUAUCAGGAUAGCUGAGAAUUUGAGUACUGGGCAAGUCCAAGUACAUUUGAGUCCCUGAGAGUGUGUUUUUGAGUGUGUUCACACGCUCACAAACCAUACCAAUGUCAGCCCACACUGGGGGUCUUCAGUAUAGGAGCUGGUGGGAGGGAAUUCAUGGUAUCAUUGAGCUUUGCUGGAAGCAAAGUGACUUUGACAAUAGCCACUUGUUCACUUUGUGGUGGGGAGGAUGGGACAGAGUGUGCCUCACCUUUCUUCUCCAAGGACAAGGGGACCGUAAAUGCCUGGACUGAGGCACACUGGAUAGCCUGUUGGACUUAGAGUCAAGAAGCCCUGGGUUCGAAUCCUGUUUCAGACUCUGGGCAAUUCACUAUACCCCUUGUCCCUCAGUUUCCUCAUCUGUAAAGUGACGGCACCUCCCUUGAAGGGUUGACGUAAGGAACAAAUACACCUGACAUGGUUUGUAAGCCCCGAAGUGCUAUCUAAAUGUGAGCUGCUAUUAAACUUAUGUGUGUAUGUGUGUA